AUGCCCAAACUCAACACCCUUGCCUUGGCCGUGGCCGUAGCUUUCGCCACGACUGCCACGGCACACACUUCCUUCACGACACUCUUUGUCAAUGGUGUCGACCAGGGCGACGGCACCUGUGUCCGUCAGCCGACCGACCCCCAGACCUCAACGUUCCCCGUCGAGGACCUGGCCAGCUCAGACAUGAUUUGUGGCCGAAAUGGGCUCGCUUCCGUCGCGUUUACCUGCCCCGUCGGCGCCGGCUCGACGCUGACAUUUGAGUUCCGUGAAAACCCAGACGGCUCUGCUCCGGGUGCCAUCGACAAGUCACACAAAGGUCCCUGUGCUGUCUACCUCCGGCAGGUGUCCGAUAUGGCGUCCGAGACGCCCGCCUCCUCGACUGGCUGGUUCAAGAUUUACGAGGACGGCUACGACAACAGCACGGAUCAGUGGUGCACCGAGAAGCUCAUAACCACCAACGGCCUUCUCUCGGUGGCGCUCCCAAGCGGCCUGCCUGCGGGUGCAUACCUUGUUCGGCCGGAGCUGCUGGCCCUGCACGAGGCACAAAAGGGCGAUCCGCAGUUUUAUGUCGGGUGCGCCCAGAUCUUUGUGGCGGGGACAAGCAGCGGGCAGCUGCUCACGAUCCCCGAGGGCCACGAGGCCACCAUUCCUGGCCAUGUCAAGGCGGGCGACCCGUCCGUCACGUUCAACAUUUACACGCCCGCCUUCCCGUACCCGAUGCCUGGCCCGGCGGUGUUUUUCCCGAUGGCCGACGACGCGUCCGACGCAAAGGCCAACGCAGCCGGCAACAACCGGAUCGAUGCCUCGUCCUCGUCCUCUUGCUCAGCAUCGUCCAAGUCCAACAAAUUGGCCGUGGCAGCCCAGCAUGCCGGCGUCGCUUUUGUGCCAAGCGCGUGCCUCAUCAAGAAUGCCAACUGGUGCGGCGUCGAGGUGCCGAGCUACACGACCGAGGCCGGAUGCUGGGAUGCCUCUGAGAACUGCUUCCACCAGGAGGCGGCGUGCUACAGCAGCGCCCCGCCGUCGGGCGACGCCAACUGCGACGUGUGGGACAAGAAAUGCACGGCGAUUCAGGCGGCAUGCGGUGCGGGGAGCUUUGUCGGCCCGCCGAAUGCCGGCCAACCGUUGCAGCAAGUGGAGGCGGCCGUGCCUGGUCCGAUCCCAGGGGCAGAGCGGCGGAAGAGACGGUAA